CAUCAAUCAAUCAUUCACACACAAAACCGCUUAGAGAGUGAGAGAGGUGAGAGUUAAGUACUAAUAAUUAAGAAUGAGUUACUGCGAUGGUAAAUGGACGCCUGUAACUAUUAUGAUUACCAUUAAUUCGGCGCUCGGUUUAGGUAAUGCUAUGGUGAAAAAGGUUCUCGAUGGUGGUUUUAAUCAUAUGGUUAUCGCAACAUAUCGGCUCGCUAUUUCUACCGUAUGUUUGGCACCCAUCGCAUUUUUCUGGGAACGGAAAACAAGACCGAAACUGACGCUCAACAUCUUGGUUCAGCUUUUCUUCAGUGCUCUUAUUGGGGCAAGUUUGACUCAAUAUUUCUUCCUAAUGGGGCUAUCGUACACAUCGGCUACGUUAGCAUGCGCCUUUAUUAGCAUGUCACCUGCGGUUACAUUCGUCAUGUCUUUAAUAUUCAGGGUAGAGAAGCUAAACAUAAAAAGCAAAGCAGGUGUAGGGAUGGUGAUGGGCACUUUGAUAUGCAUUGGAGGAGCUUUUAUACUAACAACGUACAAAGGUGUACCCUUGACAAAACUUCACAAACUAGAUCUAUUGACGAACAAUAAACCCGCAUUGAAACCCGAGAAAUGGAUCACCGGAUGUGUGCUUCUCUUCGCGGGUAGUAGCUGCUUCGGGUCGUGGAUGGUAAUACAAUCCAAAGUGAACGACAAAUACCCUUGUCAAUACUCAAGUACUGUUAUAUUAUCUUUCUUCGGUACCAUCCAAUGUGCCCUUUUAAGCCUCAUCAAAUCUAGAGAUAUCAAGGGUUGGAUUCUCACAGAUAAACUAGAUAUCAUGACCAUUAUUUAUGCAGGAGCGGUAGCACAAGGAAUAUGCACGGUGGGAACAUCAUGGUGCAUCAGAAAGAGAGGACCUACAUUUACUUCUGUUUUUACUCCGGUGGGGAUUAUCUUCGCAACCCUAUUUGAUUUCUCGAUCCUUCAUCUUCAAAUUUGUUUGGGAAGUGUUAUUGGAUCUGGGAUUGUGAUCUUCGGACUAUACAUAUUCUUGCUGGGAAAGGUCAAGCAAAUGAAGGGAGAUGGUGCAAAGAAGUUACCUUCUCAUUUUGGCGAAGAAGAAAGGGAAGAUGAUGAACAAUACAAAAAGGGUCAUCUUAUGGUUGUUCCAAUGACUCCUUGAUAUAUAUAAUCAGAAUUUUCUCGUUUGUUCCUCAAUUUGUACAUUUAUGUUUGAAAGUAUCAAUUUCAAACAUCAAAGCCAACCAAGGCUCUUAUCAAUUUGGUUCAAGAAAUUAGCUUUUUGAAUUC